CGGCGUCCUUCACGAACACUUUCGAUUGUCUUUUUCGACUACAUUUUCCCCCUAACCAUCCAUGCUCAUAGGCUUCACUCCGGAGUCAACCAUUGAUUGAGAGCCUCUCUAAGGAUUAAUCAGUGGUUCAUUCCUGUCCUUUGAUCAUUCAAGUGUCCCAAAGAUCUAGAAACUCUCACAGACUUAAAGAAAAGCGGCAGGAUGGACAGACCAGAGCUCAUCCAGAAGGCGAAACUGGCCGAGCAGGCAGAGCGCUAUGACGAUAUGGCUGCCUGUAUGAAGUCAGUGACCGAGGCUGGCAUUGAGCUGUCCAACGAGGAGAGAAACUUGCUCUCCGUCGCCUAUAAGAAUGUUGUGGGCGCCAGGAGGUCUGCGUGGAGGGUCAUCUCCAGCAUCGAGCAAAAGACAGAGGGAAAUGACAAGAAACUGCAGAUGGUGAAGGAAUACCGGAAGAAAGUGGAGUGUGAACUGCGGGAUAUCUGCAACGAUGUGUUGGAGCUGCUGAACAAAUAUUUAAUUGAGAAUUCCUCAAAUCCUGAGAGCAAAGUCUUCUACUUGAAGAUGAAGGGCGACUACUACAGAUACCUUGCUGAAGUUGCCUCAGGAGAUGAUAAAACAACAACCAUAGAAAAUUCUCAGGAUGCUUACCAGAAAGCAUUUGAAAUAAGCAAGACCGAGAUGCAGCCAACACACCCCAUACGCCUGGGUCUGGCCCUUAACUUCUCGGUCUUCUUCUACGAGAUCCUUAACUCUCCAGAAAAGGCCUGUUCCCUGGCUAAAGAGGCAUUUGAUGAGGCCAUUGCUGAGCUCGAUACCUUGAAUGAAGAGUCGUACAAAGACAGCACUCUGAUCAUGCAGCUACUGAGAGACAACCUUACAUUAUGGACAUCCGACAAUGCUCCAGAUGAGGGUGAAGGAGGAGAGGGGGGAGACAACUAGAACGUGCACUCCUUCAACAGACAAAGCAACCUUUUUACACAUCUCCAUUCCUAAUCACUCCCUGAAAGAAUUCCUCCAGUAAAGAACAAACCCAUAAUUAAUAAAGAGCUGUUUAUGAAAAAACAAAAAACAUUAGUAUUUUCACAGUGCACCUUUUGGGCAAGGAAAGAAAGAUAUAGGGGAGAAGCCCUGUUCCUUUGUUUGUCUUGGCCUCCCUUAAUGUGCAGUUUCUGCUGUAGAAAAGUAUAACUAGUCAUUUUAUAAAACAAUCUUAAAGUAUAGUUAAUGGAGAAUGAGUGAAUGAAUACAUAAAAUAAGGACAUGACAGAUAAGUCUGAGACUAAAAAUAAUUACAGGGAAAUUAAAAACAUUUAGAGUACCAUUGUCUUAAACACCUACUGUAUCUCAUACUUUACAAAUCUGUUACCUGUUUAACCUCAGCUCUACCCAGGGUCGUGCACUUCCCCUGAAAAAAAAAAAAUCACAGUAUGUAAAUUGGAAAAAAUAAUUUUUUAAAAUCUGAAUUGUUGAAAUGGAGUGUGUUUAAAAUUACAUUGUAGGUUUUACUUUGAAAUAUUAAUAUCAGCAGUGGUAUGUAGUAUUUGGACAGUCCUCAGUUUAUAAACGGUCUAAUAAUAUAUUUACUGUUUUUCAUCUUUUUAAUGCAGUUGAUUUUUGCCUGUUUAGUGUUCUCUUUUCUUUUAUGGAAAUCAAAAUCAUCCACAGAAAUAAAAUAAAAAAUGUUAAAAUAAAAUUGUGGCAUAUUUAAUUUGGGUAAUGCUAUGUUACAAGUAAAACUGUUCAAUUAGCAGAGCCCCACUAGCAUGCAGACCAAUACAGACACAAUCUGUGGCACAGUUUGGUGAUAUGGUAUUGAAAUUUUGAUUGAUUUCACAUAUAUUUGACCCACUCCAAGUUAUUUCACUAACCAAGCAUAUUAUCAGUCAUAGAAAUGCAGGAAAGAGCAGCUUGACUUAGCAAAUGUUAUCAGUAAGUUUGUGUUGGUGCGAAAUAGCAUUGCCUGUGCAUGUCGUAAUUACAGAACUGGAAUCAGAAUCGAUGCCAUAUUGCCAGAUUAAGGUUCUGUUUAGUACUUACAACGUAUUGUGCAGAGGUAUGUGAUUGUCCAGAGAGUGUCAUUAUAGAUUGGACCACUAUUAUGUGUUUUUGUUUUUCCUUUUUGUCACACAUUUGCGUUUGUGAUUUUUGUUUUCUCCCUUUUUAAAAAAUUUUAGUUUCACAAAAGCCUUGUGAAAAUAUUUUAUGCCCUAUGUAUGUUAUGUAACAUGCUUAAAAAUAAAAUUUUAUAAA